AUGUCCCUCUGGGAGCGGAUCCACGCGCUGGGCGGCCGAGGCGCCGAACUCAGGGACACAGACUGGUCCACGGGUGAGCAGCAGUUACUCUGUCUGGGGCGGGCGCUGCUCUGCAGAAGGCGGAUCCUCCUGCUGGAUGAGGCGACGAGCAGGCUUGGUUCCCAUCUCUUGCGUAUGGACGCAGCCACAGCAACGUCAAUGCAGCAUGACCUAGAGGUGGCAUGUCAGGGAUGCACGGUGCUUGCCGUCAUGCAUCAACUCCAGCAUGUCGGACGGUAUGAUCUGGUGGCGCUGGUGGAUGCAGGCAGAAUCGUAGAGUUGGACUCGCCGACGACGUUGCUUGCGCAAGACUCGGAAUUCUCGAGAUUGUACCAUGCUCAGUUACGCCUCUAG